CUCUUCGAGGACCUAAUGGGGCAAUGGGUGACCAGGCUGGUCCCCCUCCUUCUCCUCCUGCUCCCUCGGCAGGGCGCUGAAGCCUGUGGCACCACGGGGUGCUGUUUUCAGGAUCCGCCGUAUCCGGAUGCAGACUCAGGCUUAGCUUCGGGCCCCCGAGACCUAAACUGCUACCGGAUACUCAGCAACGCUGGUUACGAAUGUUCCUGGGAAUAUGAGGGCCCCGCAGCUGGGGUCAGCCACUUCCUGAGAUGCUGCCUCAAGCCUGGGCGCUGUUGCUACUUUGCCGCAGGCUCAGCCACCAAGCUGCAGUUCUCCGACCAGGAUGGCAUAUCCGUGCUCCACGCUGUCACUCUCUGGGUGGAAUCCCGGGCUGCCAACUGGACAGAGAAGUCCCCCAACAUUACCCUGAAGCUCUACAGCUCAGUUAAAUACGACCCUCCCCCACGAAACAUCAAGGUGUCCAGGUCAGCGGGGCAGCUGCUCAUGGAGUGGGAGACCCCAGCCCACCAAGAUGGUGCUGAGGUACAGUUCCGGCACCGGACACCUGGCAGCCCAUGGAAGUUGGGCGACUGUGGACAUCAGGAUGAUGCUGGCUUCGAGUCAUGCCUCUGCGCCUUGGAGAUGGACACGGCCCAGGAAUUCCAGCUGCGGCGACGGCUGAGGCCGAGGGUCCCCGGAGGUCCCUGGAGCAGCUGGAGCAGCCCUGUGUGCAUCCCCCCUGAACCACCCCCACAGGCCAAGGUGAGGUUCUCGGUGGAGCAGCUCCGCCCAGAUGGGAGGAGGCAGGUGACCUUGCAUGAGCAGCUGCCCCGGCUGGAGCUUCCGGAAGGCUGCCUCGGUCCCGACUCAGGCAUGGAGGUGACCUACCAUGUCCACCUGCAUAUGCUGUCCUGCCCAUGUAAGGCCAAGGCCACGAGGACUCUGCGCCUGUGGAAAAAGCUAAUGCUCUCGGGUGCCGCCUAUGACCUGACUGUCGUUUCCCGGAAUCGCUUUGGCCUUGGUCCCAACCAGACAUGGCACAUUCCUGCCUACACCCACUCAGAACCAGGGGUUCUGAAUAUUAGUACCGGAGCCAACAGGACCACCAUGCAUUGGCCAGCCCGAGCCCAGGGCGUGACGUACUGCAUUGCGUGGCAGCCCCAGGGCCAGGACGAGAGCCUUGCCACCUGCACCCUGACGGCACCCCAGGACCGGAACCCUGCUGGAAUGGCGACGCACAGCUUGAGCCAAGCAUCUGGGGCAAUGUGGCAGAAGGAGUGUUACCGCAUCACUAUCUUUGCCUCUGCACACCCGGAGAAGCCCACCUCGUGGUCCACUGUCUUGUCCACCUACCACUUUGGAGGCAAUGCCUCAGAGGCCGGGAGCCCACAACAUGUGUCUGUAAAGAAACUCAGCCAGGAUUCAGUGUCCGUGGACUGGACACCAUCUCUGCUGAGCACCUGCCCCGGCGUCCUGAAGAAGUACGUUGUGCGCUGCCAGGAUGAGGCCAGCAACCAAGUAUCCGAGCUGUCAGUGAAAGCCACAGAGACCCAGAUCACCCUCCAGGGCCUGCGGGCUGCCACAGCCUACAAGGUGCAGGUUCGAGCAGACACAGCCAAGUGGCGGGGCGCCUGGAGCCAGCCCCUGCGCUUCACCAUCGAGGCAGGAGGUGGCUCUCCCCCAGCCCAAGCUCUUCUGCUUCCAGAAGUCCAGGUUUCUGAGUUGUCCGAUUUGUCCAUCUUCCUUGCAUCUUUGGGGAGCUUCGUGAGCAUCCUUCUCCUGGGAAUCUUUGGGUACCUCGGCUUGAACAGGGCUGUAAGGCACCUGUGCCCACCCCUGCCCACACCUUGUGCCAGCACUGCGGUGGAGUUCUCUGGCAGCCAGGGGAAGCAGGUUUGGCAGUGGACCAGCCCGGCAGACUUCCCGGAGGAGGUGUCCCAGCAAGAGGCCCUGGUGGUGAACAUAUCCUGGGACAAAGGAGAGCGAGCUGACGUGGACACAGCUGGGUUUCUCAAGGAGAAGAUGGAGCUGCCUCUGGGUGCCCCUGAGCCAGCCCUGGACACGGAGCUGCCCUUGAAGGACAGGAAAUGGGUGCAGGGAUGCCCUGACGCUGGGACUCUGGGGCCUGGCCGGAAGGACAGUCUGGAGGACAGCCCUACUCAGGCAGCUGGACUCCUGCUGCUCCUGGGAGACCUAAGGCAGACUCCCAAACUCUGUUCCCAGGGAGAAACAGAAACAUCUGCCUCCUCUUACAGAUAGGAAGACCAAUGAUCGCAAUCACGACAGUUGGUUAUUAAGUGCUUAUUGCAUACCCAGCCCGUUCUUUCCAGACACGUGAUGCCCUGAAUCCCCAUAACCGCCUUGAGGUACAUGGCUGUCUUAUUAACCUAUUUCAGUGAGCCUCAGUGAGGUUCAGAGAGGGCGAGUGGCUGGCCUGUGGCCACACAACACAGGCAGGAGUCUAACCCAGGCGGAGUUAACUCAGACCCCAUCCCCACUGCCCAGGCUCUGGCCUCAGUGCCCCCCACCAACACCCACUCUGUCCAGAACUGGUUGCCACAUGUCCUGUGGUGGGAACCCUAGAAACCGCCAUGAAGUGGGAGCUGCUACCCAGGUCCAGGGCCUGGCAUCCAUGGAGCAGGGCGCUGUUGGCCUGUUGGGGGUGUGUGGGAUAGACUGGAGGGGGGCCCAAAGGGUCUCAGGCUGAUCCCAGGGUCCUGGGCUGGGCAUCCUGUCCCAGAAGCAUUGGAUGGGGAAUCUGGGCGCAGAGUUCCUGGCUGCAUUGCAGGGUCUCCAGGCUUGGGGGAUCUAGGUGUGAGGAAAAGAAUGGGGCCUCUAAGCAUUCUGAGGGGGGCAUUGGCCCCUCCCUGGCCUCAGACUCCUCCCCUAUAAAAUGGGGGUGAAAAAAUAAAAUAAAAUAAAAAAUGAAAUGGAAACGCGGCUGCUUCUUUCACUAUGGCUCAUUACAAAGCCACCCAUCAGUUCUGGAGGUACUUGGAGAAGUCGGGGGUGCUGGACACGCUGACCAAGGUAUUGGUAGUCUUAUAUGAAGAACCAGAGAAACCUAAUAGUGCUUUGGAUUUUUUAAAACAUUGCUUAGGAGCUGCUACCCCAGAAAAUCUAGAAAUAGAGCUGCUUCGCCUAGAAUUGGCAGAAAUGGAGGAGAAAUAUGAAGCUAUUGUAGAAGAAAAUAAAAAACUGAAAACAAAAGAGAAAGUUCAGUAAACUUAUGGUGGAGGGGGAGAAAAUACCUUACUAUAAGCCAAAACAUCUUUGGGAAGAUGUAGAUUAUUGCAUAUCAAGUAUUUGUGCAGUGCAGUUAUGAAUGGGAUUUAAAUUUUAGUUUCCCAGUAAUUUUAAAGAUUUAUAUAAAAAGAGUUUUCAUUAGGUUUGAUUGUAUUAAAUAUUGAAAAUCACUGAGUGGUUUAAAAAGAUAGGACGGGGACUUCCCUGGUGGCGCAGUGGAUAAGAAUCCUCCUGCCAAUGCAGGGGACACAGGUUCGAUCCCUGGUGCGGGAAGAUCCCACAUGCCCCAGCGCAACUAAGCCCGUGUGCCACAACUACUGAAGCCCACAUGCCUAGAGCCCGUGGUCCGCAACAAGAGAAGCCACCGCAGUGAGAAGCCCAUGCACCACAAUGAAGAGUAGCCUCCGCUCGCCACAACUAGAGAAAGCCUGCACGCAUCAAUGAAGACCCAAUGCAGCCAAA